GCUGAACCUGCUUGGGCUAUCAUACCCUAAGUUAGCUCCUUCACAUGUUAUGGGAUAAGGACCAUGGAGGCACCACCAGAGCAAACUAGCAAAGAAGUUGAUAUAUAUCGUGACACAUGGGUCCGCUUCCUGGGCUAUGCCAAUGAGGUGGGGGAGGCCUUCCGCGCCCUGGUGCCCGUGAGCGUGGUGUGGGCCAGCUAUGCUGUGGCCACGGCGUAUGUCACCGCUGAUGCUGUGGACAAGGGCAAAAAGGCUGCUGUGGUGCAUGGGGAUAACCCUGGGAAGACGACGCGGGUGGGCGUAGCCGUGGUGGACACCUUCAUCUGGCAGGCCCUGGCGUCCGUGGCCAUCCCCGGCUUCACCAUUAACCGCGUUUGCGCCGCCUCACUUUACCUGCUGGGCCGGGCCACGCGCUGGCCUCUGCCUGUGCGCAAGUGGACCACCACCGCCAUCGGGCUCUCCACCAUCCCCUUCAUCAUUAAACCCAUCGACAGAUCCGUUGACUUCCUGCUGGACUCUAGCCUCCGUAAGGUGUAUGGUGAGGGGGAGAAGCACGAGUAAACUCUGUCUGAGCCACAGCCAUUCACCCCUGACUUCCAGAACCGUGCCCUGGCCUCUGACAGGUCUUUCUCUUGAUAACGCCUUCAAGUCGAGGAAACCUCACUGUGAAGCACAAAGCCAUGCACCCCCAUCUCCCUCCUCAGCUUGUCCUAAAUGGGCCUUAAAGUCUCCUCAUCAAGGUGUGAGAUCAAAUGUUAUCAUAAGUUCAAUGUUGUUUCAGUGAAUUAGUUAGUAGCAAACAUACCGAAUGUCCGUCAGAGAAUCAGCAUGGUAGUCUGCUGAUUUGGGAGCCAUUAGUUAUAUAUUUGUCUUUAGUGUUUAGUGAACACAUGAAUGUUUGUAGGUUUUAAAAAAAUGGUAUACUUGUUUAUUGGUUGGGGUGCACGCCAACCAAGGAUAGGAAUGCUUCUACUGUAAUUGCAGUUAACAUUAACCUCAGGUAUCCAGGAGAUACAAUACUGGGUGUCAAGGAGAGUCAAGAGUCCAGAUAUAUGUUGACGUGGAACCAUUACCCAUAUACUAUAGUUUGUAUAAUGCACGGAGCAUUCUAGACUGUAUUUAAACCACUGACUCUUGUACAUGAAGUCUUCAUGAGAUGAUGUCAGUCAGUAGCAGCUAUGCAGUUGCCCUGGGGGCAGUAAUACUUAAUUUGCGUUCAGUAGACCAUCCCAUUACCAUGUGACUGGUGAAUAUUACUGUCUAAGGGAAUAGAUUUGUCAGACAUGUUCUUCUGUAGUUCUGAGGAAAUGUUUAGUAACCUCAAAGGCACAUUGUUGUCAAAUGGUGCCAGAUAGUACUCUACGAACUAUUAGCCAAAAUCUGGAUAUUGAACACCAAAUAUAAAAACAUGGACAUACUGCUGUUAGGUUAAUGACACUGUUGACUGCUGGGAAAGUUCAGCAAGACUUUCUGGCAUUUUAAGCACACAGACAUUGCCAAAGUAACACCAGUUAUUCUCUAGUGUCACCUCUGUGCACUUCAUACAUGACAAUGGAAAGGUCAUGGGUUAAAUGUCUUAGGUUGUGCUGAAUUGAAUUAAUACUGUAUGUUGGGUUUGUGGCUGACAUGUCAUUGAGGUGCUUUAGAACUCCAUUUACCGACAUGUAUCAUCUUUUAUUAACUUAACCGAAGGCCAAGUUUUAGAUUUGGGUUUUGUAAAUGAAAAAAUCCUGUAAAUGAUAUUGCUUGGCAGAUUUUGGGGCUCAAAGGGAUUAUUAUUUUGGAUUUAGCCAUGGAUUUGAAAAAAAUAUAUUUAUUUUAGAGGUCUAUAAUCAGAUGAUGUAUGUGGAAGCAAAAUAAGUCUGACUGCACACAUCUCACAAAACAAGUGAAGGACCUAGUGAGUAAUUUGGAAGCACUUGAUGCAUGAAGGGAAAGUAAGCAUCUUUAGUAAUUCUAUGAAACAUUUCAGUGAAGCAGCCCUUUCCAGGGGUGCAUAUUAUAUGAGUGUGCUAUGCUAUGCAAGGUGUACCAAAGCUGUACGAAACUGAUAUGCUGAAAACAGCUAAAGGAAAUAUGGUAUUUAUUCUAAGUUCUAAGGUUAUAUGAUUUAUAUAUUGAAAGACAACCUUAAAGAAGGGUUGUGCUGUUAAAAAACAGAGCAAUAAUAUUAUAAGUAAGUUAACGGUUGGAAUUUAAAUCCAUGUCCUUACUAUACUGUACAUGUAACACAUACCUUAGUUUCAGGGAUGUCAUGUUUUGUGGUGUUUGCAUUUCAUUUUUCUAUUGUAAGUGAGUGAAGGGAUUAAAUUACUUUGUUUACAUUUCUUUUAUUACCAGUAUAUUCAGUCUUGCAAUGGUUUCUAAGGUUUGGAAAAUAUUUCAUUUACUAAGGCAUUUUGGGAACUCAAACCAGAUAAGCAUUUGGCCUUUUCAGCUGGCUUAUGCUUCUUAUUGGACCUCAUUUAUGUUUGGGAACUUAAACUGUACAUGUUGUAAAAUAAUAUACUGUAACAAAUAUCUGCAAAUAGCACCAAACUGUGUUACAAUAAACAAUGUGAAAAUGUGUUUAAAAAUGGCAAAACUGUAUACAAAAUGUUACAGCUUUUUAUCAAUGCACGGUUUUAUUUUUCCACCUGUAACAUGUCAUAUGUACCAUUAAACAAAGACAUUUCUGAA